CAAGCACAUAUCCGCAUCCACGUCUCAGACACCGAAAACACAUUUCCCUCGUGAGCGUCACAGCCAGAUUCUCCUCCGUCAGGUUUGUACAGCGUGAGUUCCCAGCCCCGCGACAACCUGACAGUGGACGCCUUCCCCUUGGGCACGACCUCCCCCGUCGGCGCCUCCCUCAGCGCCUCCUGUUGCGUCAGGGAGUUCUCCAUCGUCGGCGUGGAUCGGAGAGGGAACAUCGGUCGCUGCAGCUGGGACUUGGGAAAGCUCAAGGGCUCCAUUACCGAGUUCGAGGUGGAAGCUGUGGGCGAGACGUGGGCUUCCCUGCGCUGGAGCGUCUCUGAUCUCCGCGACGAUCUUCUCAAAUACUCGCUUCUCACGGAUGAAGAUUUUUCUCAAGACUCCCGAUGCGCCGAGCUGACCUGCCACAUGAACGUAACUUACCUGGCGUCCUGUUCGAUGCACACUUUCUGGCUCACUCCGCACUACAGGACGGAUUCUGGUGUCGUGACGGAAGGGUCUCGCUGGUACCAACAGGCCACGACUCUCGAGACUGCACCAGACGCCCCCUCCAACCCCUCCACGAACUAUACGAGCGACACCUCCACCACCAUUACUUGGUCUCCACCCGGCGACCGCUCCUGCCUCCACCAGUACGAGGUAUGCUACACCCGAAUAAACAGCGUCAGCAAACAGUGCUUCCUCGUCGAGAACGCAACACACACUGCGGAAGGGUUAGAGUCCUGUACCGUAUACCACGUGACUGUGACGUCAGUCUCGCCGGCAGGGAUGCGUGGGGGUCACGUGACCUUCGAUACCAACACCGAUGACGCAGCACCAGGCUCCCCCGAGCACCUAACGAUUGCCGACCAGACGAGCACGACCGUCACCCUCUCCUGGGACGACCCGCUCGACAGGGCCAGGUGCAUUGACAGUAUUCUCCCUAUAAUUAUAUUCUAA